UCCCUCUCCUUCAUCUCUCAAUUCUCAACUACCUUUUUCCGCUCUCGGACUCCUCAAAUUCCUCACUCAAACACUCCUUCCAUCCCUUUAUUAGACUCUAAUUAUCAUACCUUCUUCUCUGUUCUUGAUUUCUUGAAGCCUCCUCUAUUGCAAUUUUGUUUUCCCUGUUUCUUUUUCACUAACUUUUCGCUGUAAGCACACCUUUUAAUCUGCCUUCUCUUUGUCUAGAUCAUUACUUCGCUUUCCGGAUUGUCUUUACUACAUUCAUCCAUUGUGCUGAUAAUCAAUACGCCAAAUCAAUUUGCAAAUUAGAAAGACGAUAGGGUGUUAUAAUUUUUUUAAUUUUGGAGUUUCUGGUGAAAUCGUGACCUAAAUCAACAAUGUGUUUUUAAGUAAAAAGGGUUUUUCUCUAUGGACAUUUCGACUUUGAGUUCCUUCUGUUGUGAUCGGUUUCUUUUUCUGUUUAAUUUAUCUAAAAUUGUGAGAAAGAUUUAGGUAUGUACAAUGAGCAUUUCUCUUUUCUUCUUCAACCGUCCUGAAUCGUAAUCUAUUAGUGUAUGGCCUUCAAUUUAGAUACAGACAUGUAUAAACUUAUACAUAUUUGACUCUUCUUGAAUCUUAUGUCAUUUUAAUGUUGAUUGCCAUCUUUUUAUAAAUUAUACUGUUUUCUGAGGAGAACUAUAGUUUGGAAUUGUAAGCUAUCAAGCUAUGCUAUAGAUUAUGAACAGGCCUUCAUCAAGAUAUAGCAUUUCUCUGUCAAGAGAAAAGAAGAGCAAUAUCUGAUUUUCAUUCCUAAACUAAUUGACAUUUAUAAGCAAAAGAAUUUACUGGUAUGGUCUGAAGAAGUUUAGAUAAAUUUCAUUGCGGUAUGUUUUACUUUAACUUUCUUUCCAUGAAAUAUUUGAGUAGUUCUCCUUUGCUGAGGCUGAUUUGAGAAAGGAACACCCAGAAUAUUCAAUACGCUGCAAUUUCUGAAAUGGGACUUGGAAAGGUAGUGUAUGCAGUCAAGAAAUAAAAGAGCUUCUUCUGAUUUUUCAAGAAGAUGACAACCCUUACACCGAAAGAUCCCACUGAAAAUCAGGGCUCAGAAAUGUUGCUUGCGACAAAAACUAAGUUACCCGAGAUUGAGGAAUUGAGGCCCGAACCAUCCAUUGAACAGACAUUUGGUCAUGAAGAAGUGUCUAAUACAGAAAACGAUGCCCCUGUUGCGGUUACAUCUGAUAACUCAUGUCAUUCGUGCCUGGGGGACAUUUUUUACAAUGAUGAACUCGACUUCCUUGAAGUGCAAUGGGUAAAUAAUAUAAUGAAAGCUGCUUACAAGGAAUUCAUGGCAAUAGCUAUCGCAGCAAAGGCUUGGAUUUCCGAUCCUCCAGCAGUAGGUGCUAUAGAGGAUUUUCAAGAGAUGUUCAACACUCCACCACCUCAUGGAUAUACAGUUGAACGUUCAGUGGAGACUGCAAUUCUUUCUAUUUCAUCACAAUCACUGAUGUCGAUAAUGAUGGAUGGGGCGCAAUGGGCUUCUAUGUUUUCAAGCAUCAUUUGUUCUGCAUCAGAUGAAGUUGUUUUCUAUCCUUUGAAAAAGUUUUUGUUGACUGGCCCAUGUGGUUGGGAAUUUGUAUUGAUGAAUGCCGAGUUUAGACUGCCAGCUGGAUUCCUGCCAAGAUGGAACACUCGCUUUAUGAGAUUUAAGAAGUUGAUCGUUGGAGAAACAUAUGCAAUUUUUGAUGUGUCAACUGAUUAUUUUGAGAAUAUGACAGCUGAUCCUACACAGAAAGUUGUAUAUAAACGGAGGCCUUCAGGAGUGAUAAUUCGACCCUGUGGUUUUCUGUCUGAGGUUAUAUGGAUAGAAAAUGCAGAGGUGCAGAAAAUUGAUAUCCCUAACCAUUUGCACUCAACAUUCACUCCAAACUUUCAUUUAACUGCAAGGCAAUGGAUCAGCAUGAUAUCACAAAAUUUGAAACGUAGAAAUGGCGAGAUAGUGACUGAAGAGAUGUUCGCAGUAAGAAGGAUGGAUGUACCGGAUUUGCUGACAAUGGGGAACAAUCUGAGGAAAUAUUUUCUACAAGCAGUUAAUCCUUUUCCAACAGAAAGAAAAUGGGAUUUGUUUUCUGAUGAUAAAAUAAGGAUUUUGAGAGACAUCAAAGCAAGUUACAUUGGCCGUCGUGAUGAUUUUAUUGCCAUACGUACCGUAUGUCUUGCUGAAACCCCCAGCACACUGUUGACAUAUCUAGACACAAAUAAUUACAUUUUGCAGACGAGCAAAAAAUCACAAGCACAGCUCUCGAUGACAGUUGCACUUUUGGCAACGGAUGAAAGUUCUUGCACUGUUUUAAGUGUGAAAAAAGAAACAGGAGAUGAGGAUACUAAGGUAACUUCUCUUUACAUAAACUUCUUUAACUGAUCGUUUCCCAAAACUUUUGCACUUCAAUGUUAUGUUCCUUUAACGUGACAGGACAACUACUUUUUCCUACAAGAGUCUACAGAGAAUGAAUAUUGCUCCUUCAUCCUAUCAUCACAAAUGACAAAAGCGGAUGUUCAUGUCUCUCUCCUACCAAUGUUUUGUAGGAAUUGUUUGUUUUUGAGACCUUCCGGUUUUGCCAUAAUGCCUGCGGAACCAGGAGGUCUACAGUCCAAGGCAUCAUUUGUGACCAUAUACAUUCGUCGGGAGCUCAAAAAUAUGGAAGUUCAUCAAGUGAUUGAAGCAAUGAGUUGUGACAUGGAUGCUGUCAUUGAUCAAAUAUCCAAUAUUCAAUUUCCAACCACUAUAAAUGGGAAGUUUGAACAGAAUAACCCUAAUCAGUGAGAUGGGAUAAAAACUCAGGUAAUGUGAAAAUUUUUCAAGCACAAUUAUUUCCAGUUUUUCUAUUCAUUUUACCACCACCAUUAAACAUAUAAUGUCCUAGACUACAAUUUAUUGAUGUUUGUCGCUUCAAAUUGGUGGUGAGCAUUAUUAGCAAUAUAGGUUUUGAAUUCAGCACUUCAAAUCUUGCAGAGCUGAAUUUAUUAGUGAGGUAGGAUAAAACUCAUGCAAUGUGGUUAACUUUGCCCAUGAAUAGUAGGCCUGCAGUUUAUCCAAGUUUGUUGCUUCAAUUUGGAGUACAUAGUUAGCAAUACAAAGUUCUGAAACCUCCAUUGGAAAUUUUGAUUCAUAA